AAAUUUGUGGGUUCUUUCAUUGAAUCGAUUUAUUCAUUUGAAGAUGAUAGUUUUAAGAAUCGUAUCAAAAUUGAUUUGAGUAAUCAUGUAUGUACUUGUUGUGGAUCACAUACACAUGUUAAAGAUGAUUUUGAAUUACAAGUUAUUAGUAAAAUAAUAAAAUAUGAUCAAAUAAACAACAAAUUGAUGAAGUAUCGCAUGUUGCGUGAUCUUUUUUUAUGGUCUGUUUUUAUGGAUAUGCCUGAAAUGGCUAAAGUCUUACUUCUUCAUGUUCGAUUUCGUAUUUGUGCUGCUCUUAUUGCUUCAGCUGUAUUUAAAAGAUAUUCUAAAUCAUCUCAAACAGUUUACUUGAAACACAAGUUUCUAGCUCAAUCAUUAGAAUUUGAAACAUAUGCUGCAAUAUUUAUUGAUAAAUGUUAUGAAUAUAAUGAGAAACGUGCUUGUGAAUUACUUUUACGACGAAUACCACUUUUUGGUAAUGUUACAUGCAUGCAGGUUGCUAUUUCAAGUGAAAGUAAAGAAUUACUUAAAACAGUUUGUUUUCAUCAAACAUUAAAUCAAAUAUGGUACAAUAAACUAUCAUUGACUAAUCGUCAAACAACAGCAAAAUUAUUACUAAUUCCUUCAAUUCUUACUUUUGGCUUGAUAGCACCUUGGGAAAAUACAACGAAUAAUGAUCUAUCUGAAGAAGGUAUAAACUAUUAUGUUGAUAGACAACAUUCAAAACAAGACAAAUGUACUAAUUAUUGGACACGUUUUCGAUAUUUUCAUGAAAGUCCAAUGAUAAAAAUGUCGUAUCAUUUUAUAAGUUAUGUGUGGUUUCUACUUGUAUUUAGUUAUAUGAUGCUUUAUCAUCUAGAUGGUCGAAAUACAUUUACUAUUCCUGAUUGGAGUGAAAUCUAUGUGAUUAUUACUGUUUCAACUAUGUUUUGUGAAGAAGCUCGAAGAAUUUAUCAUGAAUAUGAUACACGAAUGACUGAACGAUGGGGCUCAACUGGAUCUACUGUUUUAACUGUUUUGACAAAUGGAUUUUAUAUUAUGCCUUAUUUUCUUUUCUAUUUGGGUCUUGGUUUUCGAUAUAGUAGUUAUAAUGAAAGUUUACUUACUACUGCAAGAAUUAUUUGGGCACUUGAUCUUGAAUUAUGGUAUCUUCGAUCAUUAAAGUUUGUUAUUGCUUUAAGAUUUUUAGGUCCUAAAUUGUUUAUGCUAAAAAAUAUGCUUCGGGACUUAUUUGCUUUCGUCUAUAUGAUUUUCAUAGCAUUAACUGCUUAUGGAGUUGUAUCUCGAGCAUUGAUUCUUUAUAAACAAGUACCAUUUACUGGUCGUGGUAUAUUUGGUCACAUAUUUUAUGAACCAUAUUGGCUUAUUUAUGGAGAUGUCUCAGAUAAAAACUUACUUGAUGACAUAAUUAACAGUGAUAGUAGUAAUGCAACAGGAAAUGUUGCAGAAGCGACAGCAACACAUGUUUUGUUAGCAUUUCACAUGCUAUUAAUUAAUAUUCUUUUACUCAGUUUAAUAACUGCUGUUUUCACUCAUUCGAUUGAUGAAGUUCGAGAAAAUACAGAAUUUUAUUGGCGUUAUCAACGUUAUUCAUUUGUACGAGAAUAUUUCGAAUGUUUACCAUUAUCUUAUCCCCCGUUAAUUUUUAUUUCACAUAUCAUAUUACUGUUUUUGACUAUUCGAUCUGUAUGUUAUUCAAUGUUUGGUCGAAGCCAGGUGGCUAGUGAAAAUAAUGUACCACUGUCAAAAAAGUUCACACGUAUUUUUAAAAUGAUUCCUAUGCAUGGUUCACAAAAUGAACAAUGGGAUUCUUUUGAAAAUGCUGCAACGCAUAGUUAUAUUCGUUCAAUAUUAGAAAAAAGUAAAAAUCAAGAUACUCUGACUACCAAUCAUGGAAAAUCUGGUAAAACUGAUGACUAUUCCAGCAGACGCAAUUACAACACAACAGUGGUUUAA